AUGCCUCUAUAUUCCUCUCCUUUUUUUUCUUUCGCUUACUAUACAGAUACUUUUAUUAAAUUUUUAUAUCUGUAUAAUUUUCUCGCCCUCAUAAAAAUUUUUCUUUUCUCUCCUCCCUCUCAUUCCCAAUUUUUUCUCUCAAUUUUUCCAAAAUUCCCAGAUUUUUCUCCCUCCUCUCAUUUCCCACUUUUCUCUCGCACUCCAUCCCUCUCAUUCCCACGUUUCUCUCUCACUCCCUUCCUCUCAUUCCCACUUUCACUCCCUCCCUCUCAUUCCCACUUUUCUCUCUCUCCCUCCCUAACUCGAGCAUUGAUUUUUUUCGUCGACAUGCCAGUCUUUUUCAGUUUAUUCCAGCUUCAUUUGCCUCAUUCCGAACUCUCAAAUACGACUCUCUCUCUCUCUCUCUCUCUCUCUCUCUCUGGUACCUUCUCUCGCCAUCUCUCUCUCUCCCUCUCGCUCUCUCAUUCACUCACUCACCCACUCUUCCGUAUCUCUCACUAUCUCUCUCUCUCUCUCCCUCUUUCUCUCGCUCUCCCUCUGUAUGGUAGUUUUUUUUAUCUUUCUGAUGCCCAACAUAUUCUCAUUCUUUCAUAA